AUGCCACCAUCCAGUGACAUAGAUCAAAGCAACAACUGGUUGGCCCAGCCAUCAGGAUCUUGCUGUCUCAAGGGAACCCUUCAUGAAGGAACUUCGCGUGGGCAUUUUGUGACGGUUGCGGGAGUAGAAACAUACAUCGUGGAGCCUAAGAAGAGCAACACAAAUGGCCACAUUCUACUAUACUUUCCUGAUGUAUGGGGAAUGUUCCCGAACGGUCUCCUGGUGAUGGAUGCAUUUGCCGAUUCUGGCUAUCUCGUUCUAGGACUGGACUACUUUAGAGGUGAUCCGGUUUGGAAACAUCGUCAUAACCGCCAUGACCGUUCAAAUCCGCACUUUGAUUAUGAGGCUUGGAAGCGAAAACAUAUGUCAUUUGCGGAUGAAGCAACCCCACGGUGGGUUGACGAAGUGAAGAGGACAUAUGGCCAGGCAUCUACAAAGUAUGCGUGUGUUGGAUAUUGUUUUGGUGCACCAUACGUCUGCGAUGAGCUGGCUAAGAACACCGUCAGCGCCGGUGCAUUCGCCCACCCGGCGUUUUUGAAAGAUUCCCAUUUUUCAAAGAUCACCAAGCCUCUAUUACUAUCCUGUUCCGUGGAAGAUCACACAUUCCCUCUAGAAGCUAGACAACUCGCUUUAGAUAUUCUGGAGUCAGGCCAAAAGACCUACCAAUUUCAGCUUUUCUCUGGUGUUGAGCAUGGAUUUGCUCUGCGAGGCAAUAUGAAAAAUCCCUACGAGCGAUACGUGAAGGAGCAGAGUCUGAAGGCAAUUGUAGAAUGGUUUGACUUUUGGUUAUCACAGUAA